CAAUGGGACUUACUCCCUGUAAGCGUGCGCAGGAUUGCACUCUAAGGGAAGCCUUCGCAAGCCAGGAAGUUCUGGGAGGGGCCUUGAAGCCUUGCAGGGGCUGGAUAUUGCGUAAUCGAAAGAGAAAGUAGACCGAGAGAGAAAAUCGAAGGUUGCCUUUAGAGCAGCGUUUGUUAGCACCGUCGAGGAGAUUUUUCGCAGCAGCCAUGGCGGAAGGGAGUCGAGAACCAACUCAUCAGCCAUAUGGAACUGUUGAUCAGAUACCUUCUCAGUGGACAUCUGGUUUCAGCCCUCCUAAGGACAUAACUCAAACCCCAGGACCUUCUGCUCCUCCUGUCUAUAACAUAGGCAACGUCUCUGGCUAUGAAGGCACAACAAUGGGAGAUGGUGAAGGGAAAUAUUUCCCACCUCCACCUGACUUGGUUCCUGGUCGUGAAAGUGAGCCACAGCCAGCCCAGACAAACUGGAAUAUUCCUGCCAUUUCCGAAGAUCUAGCCCAAGAAGCUUUUCUAGAGUACGUUGCAAGCAAGUGCUGCUACAGCAAAGCCCCGGCCAGAGACAUGGUGUUUGAGGAUCUACAGUCAUUCAAUACCUACAGAUAUCGCUUGGAGACUUUCACUGAAUCAAGGUCCACUUUAUGGAAAACAGAACCUUACGGGGGUGAAGCGAUAGAUUCCUACCUGUGCGGGACACCUGCUUUGCCUUGGGAUAUAAGAGUAGAAAUUCCUGUCAUGUUCAAAAAUGAGAUCAGGAGGAUCAAAGUGCCUCACACAUCAUCACUAAAGGGAUGCCCAACGUGUGGGUGUUGUGGCAGACGUCCCUGCAAUAAAUGUAAUGGCCGCACCAGGGAACAGUGCUGGGUAUGUCAUGGAAGAGGAUUCGGGAGCAGUGAUCAGAGAUGCUCCCACUGUUUUGGAACUGGAACUGUUAUUUGCCAGGAUUGUACUGGUAUGGGAACAACAGCGUGCUCCGAUUGUAAAGGAAAAGGACAAUUGCUGAUGUUCAUUGAGCUGCAAGUUGAAUGGAAAAAUAACAUUUUUGAAUAUGUGGCAGAUCAAAGAUCUGAGUUUCCAGCUGAACUCUUCAAAACGGUUACUGGAGAGAAGUUGUUUGUUGAUGAGCAGCAUAUGGUAAAUCCAGUGAUUAGUUUCCCUGACAGUGCCAUCAAUCAAGCCUCUCGCAAUGCCACUGAACAACAUCAGGCUCAGUUUGCAUCCGCAGCACGGAUACUGAGGCAGAGGCAAACUAUUGAGCUGCUAUUUCUUACUAGGGUGGAAUAUCGGUGGCAUGGAAAAUCCCACUCCUAUUACGUUUAUGGAAAUGAACACCAGGUGUAUGCAGAGGAUUAUCCAAGAAAGUGUUGCUGCACUAUCCUGUGAUGUAACGGACCAUUGCAACCACCGUAAAAACAACAACAGUUGAUUAAAUCUUGUGGAUUAUUAGUGUUCCCUUCCUCUACCAUUGCAAAGAUGUAUCACUGAAUACUAAAGUCAGGAUCAUUCAGACCAUGGUAUUCCUGAUCUCUAUGAAUAGAUGUGACAGUUGGACAGUGAAAAAAGCAGAAAUGUGGUGCUGGAGGAGAGCUUUGCACAUACCAUUGUUGCUUUUGUUAUGUGCCUUCAGGUCUAUUACGAUUUAUGGCGACCCUAUGAAUCAGUGACCUCCAAGAGCAUCUGUAGUGAACCACCCUGUUCAGAUCUUGUAAGUUCAGGUCUGUGGCUUCCUUUAUGGAAUCAAUCCAUCUCUUGUUUGGCCGCCUUUUUCUACUCACUUCUGUUUUUCCUAGCAUUAAUGUCUUCUCUAGUGAAUCAUGUCUUCUCAUGAUGUGUCCAAAGUAUGAUAACCUCAGUUUCAUCAUUUUAGCUUCUAGUGACAGUUCUGGUUUAAUUUGUUCUAACACCUGAUUAUUCUCAGUCCAUGGUAUCCGCAAAGCUCUCCUCCAACACCGCAUUUCAAAUGAGCAAAGGUGGUUCACGACAGAUGCUGUUGGAGGUCGCUGAUUCAUAAGGUGACAUAAGUCAUAAUUGACUUGAAGGCACAUAAUAACAAUAUAUAGAACUGUGGGUGGACAUAUAAUAGCACCAGCUCUGGAGCUGUAUAAUAAUAAUAAACUCAUUCCAUAACUCUGUGGGGCCCAGGUCUGGGCCUCUGGUGAUUUAAAUGCCUUAGAGAUAGUCCAAAACAGGAUUAUACCCCAUUGACUGACCAGUUGGAUUGUAGCCUCAGACAAGUAUACACCAGCGCAAAUUACAUACGAGUACUCAUGUAGCAUAGCAUUACUUACCCCAUAAGGUUCUGUUUUCCAUAAAGUCAACCUUGAUUCACUGAUUUGUAGGGUCACCAUAAGUCGUAAUCAACUUGAAGGCACAUAACAACCACCAUUGUUGUUUUAAAGACAUUCAUUGACACAAGAAUUAUGGAGGAGGUUGUCCUUUUUUUAAAAAAGGCAUAAGGACUGACAACUUGCCAAACUUUAGGAUUAUAAAUUCAAAGUGUGCUGUAACUUUUUGCAUGAAUGUUGGAGGAAUAGAUUUGUAGUUUACUGUUUAGCUUUAAGGUUUCAAAGCAUAACAAAGUGGGACCCUGCAACAAAAUGUUGCUGUGUAGAGUGCUUCUAUUCAGCUGUCCAACCACUCUAUUCCUUUCCCUGCCUCCUCCUCUCUCACCUCCCUCUGUCAUUUCACAAUUCCAUGGCCAUUGACUAUGCUUAUUACACUGUUUUUCUUGGUACCUAAUAUUUUACAACCCCCCCAAAUCCUGAUUAUAUAAUUCAACUAUAAUCUAUAGUAUUGUGUAUGAGUAAUAUUAACUAGCUUUACCUCCAGUUUAACAAACAUAAAUGAGAGGUUUUUCAGAUUCAUACUUUACUGCAUCCAUUGCUUCCUUGGGUAGUCAGCCAACAGUUCCAUAUGGUCCAGAUACUGGUUAAGGUUAUCCCAGAUAUGGGGGACAGACUUCCAGUUGAUGCAGCCUAAUGAUGUAGAGAGGAUACGUGUAGUACUGCAUCUGACCACAUGCCCUCUGGACCUCUGGUCUUCCUGUCUGGUCAAAGCUAGGCAGAAUGGAGUGGUUCUAAGGUGGUGUGAAUGCACAAGAGUCAACCAGAAGUUGGGCAUUUAGUGUUGCUGGUCCCACGUUGUGGAACACUCUUCCAGCAGAAAAUUGGAAGGAGGCAUCUUCACUUUUUACUUUCAGGAGUCUCUUGAUGACUUUUUUAUAUGUAUAGUGACAGACCUAUGCAGUUCAAAAUGUUCUUGUUUGGCCCCUCAUUUUACUGAUAGUUUUGUAUUGCCUAUAAUGGGUUUUUUUCACAUUUUUCUGUUGCUGUACACUACCUUUAAAUUUUAUGAGAGGGUAGUAUACAAAUACUUUUAUAAAUAAAUGAAUUCUAAUGACAA